AUAAAGUUAGGGUUUGGACCUUACUAUCACAAGGACUGAAUGCGAGAAAUAAACAACAUGCUUUCAUUAUGUCCGGUGCGGCAUUGCUUGGACAUUUGUUACGGCAAUGAACUGGCGUACUAAAUGUGGUGAUGUACACGUCCGAGUUUGCAGCCCAGCGGUUUGCUGCCAUCAUCGACGGCAACAGGGCGCUCAAUGAUAUUCCUGCAAACAGCAAUGCUGGCAAUGUUCAGGUGAUAGUCAGUGCAUAUAUGAACAGCGGGUCGACAUUUACCGGGCGAGUUUUGGGCUUCCGGAAAGACACCUUCUACUUUUACGAACCACUGUGGCACCUAACUCUUUGGGGCUUCUAUAGAAACAACGACACCUUAUGUAGCACACGUGAACAAUCAUGCAAAAAAAUAUCGCUGUCUAAGGUAAAUUCGAACAGCCCUAUUCCUGGUCGUACAGUAGACUUCAAAGUUCUUCACGACACCGACAUUACGUCCAAUUCGAAGCCGCUUGAAGUUCCUUUGCAUAUCCUAGACCACGUGAUCAAUUGUCGUCUACUGAAAGUUAAAAAUCUUAUUCAACCCGGUGUCACUGAUGCAAUUAAAUUUUCUGGGCAAAGCUGGAAUGACUAUCGCUACUGUUUACAACGGCGGGGGUCUUUGAAACAUUGCUUGGAACAACUAGAAAUCAACAACUGCGAGACAGCUCAAUAUGUGGUCACAAAGGUACUACGAAUGAGUGUCGGUAAUUAUCGACCUCUUCUUCUGCACAAUCCUCGCCUGAAAGUUGUCCACUUAUUCCGGGACCCAAGAGCAAUAAUAAACUCACGUAUCAAAACAUACGGUUACCCUUUGGACUCCAGCGGGCGUGUGAAAAGUGUUGAAGUCAAGCGAAAUGCUGAAGCUCUGUGCUCAAAGAUGAUCUCAGAUUUUGAAGAGGGGAUGAAACUGCAAAAUGAUUUUCCUGGCAGGUUUAAGUUCAUUCAUUACGAGGACAUUACAUCGAGGGACGAGUCGUUGAUUCAGUUACACACAUACCUGGGAAUGAGGCUAACUUUAAAGAACUUGAGGGGCAUCAGAACCGAUUAUACGAAAGCUGGAGCAAGCAUGAACUAUAAAGCAAGGGAUAUUAGGAAAAAGAACAACGCGUUUUGGUGGAAAGAUAUUAUAAAGUGGCAGACUGUGACCAUUGUAAACGCCGUGUGUGCCAAUUUAUUUGAUAAACUGGGAUAUAUUCGGAUAAGUACUGAACAGGAGCUGCGUAGUUUCAACGAGACAGAAGUUUUGCAAAAUCUUGCCUUCAGAUUAUCUUGAUGCCCUUUGACAUAUUUUUAUGUAACAUACUUGAUUUUAAUAUUCUAUUGAUACAAAUAGUAUAACCAUCACCCAAACUUGCCAAGCACAGUAUUUAGCGGUACAUCUUUUGUUGUGGAGUUUCAUUGCACUUUUAUCAACCCAGUUAUUUCUGAACUGAAGUUUGAGGACACAUAAUAUUACUUUCGGACUGUUUCUGUGUUAUAACAACUCCAAGAACUAGUGUUAUAACCGGUUCCUCCUACCUUCACCGAAUCAAAGUUGUAUGACGGUAGAAGAUAAUGUCGAGACAAGACUUCUUCGUGAAAUUGCAUUUAAAUUGCAUCAGAGACAUACAACUGAGAAGAAAAACUUUAUGAACUAGCACUAUAUUUCGUGCAAAGCCUUGAUAAUAAAUACGAGCUCGAAACCGAGCGAAGUUCAUCCUAUUCAAACUAUAUGUGUGUAUAAUUCAGUCUAUUUUCUUUCAAAAUUGUUCUUUCUAUCAGCCUAAAACAGUACGCAGUUCACAUUGUGGGCAUGAAUACCGGACAUCAAAAUCUCACCAUAGCGUGAAUUGUGAAUAUUAUAGAUAAUGACAAUAAUCUUGAUUUCUAUAAAAGCAUCAUAUUUACAAUGUUGCC